CAUCGGCAGAUUUCGUCGGUAAUUGAUGGAAUAUAUCGAUGGAAUUUGGCAAUAUUCCACUAACGAAAAAAUUCAAGAACAGAAUAUUUUAGCAAUUGCAAAUUCAAGGUGACAGAUUAAUUGCAAGAAUACGUUUUCAACUGCUUGCUUAUGUUUUGCUGUAGAACUCGGGAAAUCUGACCUCAAGCCCUGUAAGACCAUUCGCUGCGCAUUCUCUGUGGUAAAAAAACCGUAACCUGCUGGGUUCACUAUUGCUGUUGGAGUGAUUAUUGCAGUGCAUUGAUUCCGAAAAUAAGCGAUAAAAUAUUCGAGAAAUGCCAGUGAAACUCAUCGGUCGUACCACUGACUUCUCUGGAAAAAGUCUUUGGGAACUCGUUGGGAACCUCAAGAAUCAUGGAAAAGGUAGAAUCGUCGUCAGGCAACGGUUCCAACGGUAUCCUGAACCGUCAUUCAUAAAGAUAAUAAAAGUUGGAGCACUACCUCCAGAAGUGCUUACGUCUCCUAAAUAUGCGACAGAGACAAUCCGACGAUGCAUGGCUCUUGCGGAAACGACAUUCAGAGGGAAGAAAGAUGUAAUAAAGCAAAUAGAUCAUGCAACCUACAAAACUGACUUUCGAUUGGUACCGAAGGACGAGGAGCACAAGUACCUCAACUGGGUCGAUCGCCCCGAGGUGAUUCUACCGAGGACGAUGGAGUUGCCCCCUCUGCUGUGUGAAAUUAUGGUCAGGAAUCUGAAGGCGAAGGGUCAGGAGGUCGAUAAACCACCGGAAAUGGAGAUUAAGUACAACUUGGGCGGCAUCAAAGUUUAUCGAAUUGCCAAGGAGGGAGAGACACCUACAACUGUGCCUAAAAUUUCUCUGGGCAAACCGGCGAGUCCUGGGCUUUAUGCAAAUGUUAAACCGAUUUAAUUUAAUUGUAGUUGAGUUGAAGGGAGAGAUAAACUGUACAGUCAUUGGAAAUAUAAGAUUUUUAAGUUGAAA